AUGUCAACAGCAGCCGUACUUCACCCCACCGAGAGCAUCCCGGCUCAGCACCGGAACUCUGGGCAAUGGACGACUACACGUAUUCCACCAUCCAACUCUACACUUCCUAAUCGAUCAGGUGUCUACCACGCCCGUCCGAAAGGAUGGCAAACCGAUCCAGAGAGGGAAGUCUGGACUCUUGCGGAUCUUGAGUUGGACGAGCAUGUCAACAGAGACCAAAUCACGAAGCAGCUAAAAGAGAGUCUCGAAUUGACACUAAGCCAAGCCCGCACCUUGACGGGGACCUUGAAGAAAAGGGAUGGACGCGUGCAGAUCGUCAAAACUAGAGACAGCGCCGCUCCAUUCAUCGUCAAGUACAGUGAUGAACACAACAUCAAGAUAUCGAUCGACGACCAGGCCGCCGAGUUUCCUCCCGCACUCGUGCGCGAAGCUGCUUCGCUGGACGAGAUGGGCGACUUGCACACCAACACCGUCACCAGCAGCUGUCCCGCCUCAGUAUUCCAGACAACUUGGAUCCCCGGAGGCAUGAUCCUGACGACGAGCUUCCACCACUACUGCAUCGACGGCGGCGGCUUCCAAGCCUUCCUCAAGGAGUGGAGAGACAAUGCCCUCUCGCUCGCCACCGGCCUCAACCGAGGCCGCCUCAACGGCAAGCCCGUCCCCAAAGAACACCAGCUCGACGCCCCGCCUCCACCACCACCUAUGGUCCUGCCGCUGGUGCGCCGGGGAGAACCCCUCCUCUCCGUCGUCGUCCAGCUCAGCCAAGCCAACGCCGACCGCCUCAAAGCCGCCGCGCAGCCUGCGACGGGCUUCGUGUCCACGUACGACGCCGUGACCGCACUGCUCUGGCGCGCCCACACGCGCGCCCGCCUCUCGAUCUGCAACCCUGAGCCGGGCGAGUUCUCCCCGCACGGCACGGCCGUCGACCUGCGGAAGCGGUUCACGCCACCGCUCCCCGCGCAGCUGCAAGCCAACGCCACGACGGCCAUCUUGACAGGCCGCCCAGUACAAGACCUGGCAACGCUAAUACGCAGAUCGCACACGGGCGCGACAGAGCAAGCCGCCCUGGGAAAGGCCAACAUGGUCGCAGCGCUGAAGGACAAGUCGCGGGCGACAUGGGACCUGGACGAGGCUGUACCGCGCUUCAGCACGGCGAUGAGCGACCGCCGGAACGCGGGCUGGUACGACAUGGACUUUGGGUUCGGGCCGCCGGUCGCGCUGCGCAAUGUCAAUCAGCCCGUGGAGCGCACCAUGAUGCGCAUGCUGCCCGCGCGGCCGGGCCGCGACGGCGUCGAGGUGCAGGUACCGGUUGAGGUGGCUUGCUUGGACAGCUUUGUGCGGGAUGUUGAGUUGCUGCGGUAUGCUGAGGUGGCUUGCACGUGA